AGAGAGAGAGAAAGAGAGAGGAACUACAGCCUAGUGAAGUGAGAGUGUUGCUACUUCAGCUUAUUGCCUGCAGGGGACAUCUCUCUACAACAUUGCACAGUAGACAGGUCCAAGUGAAUGCAUUUCUUCCCAGACUGUGUGUGCAUCGACAGUUGCAAGUCGGUGACGCCCUGAAGAGCAGCCAAGCCAAGAGACACAAGAGACGGGUCUGAGACGGACAGACAUUUGCUGCUGUAACAAGUGGGACAAGGACUGCGCGCUAGUUGGCAUGUUGGAGGAUGGCGCUGCGGGGCAUCAACGUGGACGCGUCCUGGGAGCUGAAGAUCGCCGUGGAUGAACUGGGCGAGGACGCCGACCCGAUCACCCUGAGAGUGACGGGCGACAUACACAUCGGUGGCACCAUCCUGCAGCUGGUGGAGAAGAUCAAUAUCCAGAAGAAUUGGUCGGACCACGCGCUCUGGUGGGAGCAGAAGAACGGCUGGCUGCUGAAGACCAACUGGACCCUGGACAAGUAUGGGAUCCAGGCUGAUGCCAAGCUGCGCUUCACCAGUCAGUGCAAGUCUAUCCGCCUGCAAGUGCCUAACAUGAAGAGUGUGAGGAUCAAGGCAAGUUUCUCCAGCCCACUCUUCCGUUCCGUCAUCGGCAUCUGUGAAGUACUGGACAUCCGGCACCCCGAGGAACUGUCCCUCCUCCGGCCCGCUGACGACCCCAGUCAGAAGAAGAAGAAGAAAGGGCAGGGAGACGAGGAAGAGGAGGUGGUGGAUCUGGAGCGCUUCACCACGCAGAUCUCUAAAAACCACCGGUUCCACCACCCCAAUGGUGCCCACUACAUGCGGGAGACGGAGGAGGGGGAAGCAGGCUACAGGAUCCUGGCCGUCAGCCAGCCCAAUGUGGCCCCCGGAGUGCUGGCCAAGAUGCAGCGGCCCGACUCCGUCACCGACAAGGCCCAGAUGCACAGCAGGUGGCUGGACUCCUCUCGCUCCCUCAUGUCACAGGGCAUCAAGGAGAAUGGCAGACUCUUGCUCCGCUUCAAGUACUUCAGCUUCUUUGACCUGGACACCAAGUACGAUGUGGUGAGGAUAAACCAGCUCUACGAACAAGCCCGCUGGGCAGUCCUUCUCGAGGAGAUCGAGUGCACAGAAGAGGAGAUGAUGAUGUUCGGAGCUCUGCAGUACCACAUAAACAAACGAUCGCAGUCUGGGGAGAUCGAGGAAACGCAGAAAGACUCUGAGUUGGAUGAAGUGGAGGCAGCUCUCUCCACUCUCGAGGUGAAGCUGGAGGGAUCGAACCCGAAGGACGUCCUGGACAGCAUCACCUCGAUUCCAGAGCUACGAGACAACCUCAAGCUCUUCAGGCCCAAGAAGCUAACGCUGAAAGGCUACAAGCUAUAUUGGUGUAUAUUUAAAGAGAUGUCCGUAUCCUGCUAUAAAAAUCAGGAAUCCUUUGGGGAGCCAAUUCACCAGAUGAACCUCAAAGGUUGUGAGGUUGCUCCUGACGUGAACAUUGGCGCCCAGAAGUUCUGCAUCAAGCUGCUGAUCCCGGCUCCAGAAGGAAUGAACGAAGUUGUCCUCCGCUGUGAGAAUGAGGAGCAGUACGCCAAGUGGAUGGCAGCCUGCAGGCUGGCGGCCAAGAGCAAGACCAUGGCGGACAGCUCGUACAACAGUGAGGUGCAGAACAUCCACUCCUUCCUCACCAUGCAGAGGACCAACUCCAAGCCCCAGGCUGCGAACGAGUCGGGCGCCGAGGACAUCAACACCAAGUCGCUCGUCUCCCACAGAUACCAGAAGAAGUACAAGAUCAAACAGUUAACCCCUCGCAUCCUGGAGGCCUACCAGAACAUUGCCCAGCUGUCACUCAUGGAGACCAAGAUGAAGUUCAUCCAGGCUUGGCAAUCUCUGCCCGAGUUCGGCUUGGCUUACUUUGUAGUGAGGUUCAAAGGUUGCAAGAAGGAGGAGGUGCUGGGCAUCGCGCCCAACCGGCUGAUCCGCAUUGAUCUCAAUGUGGGCGACGUGGUGAAGACCUGGAGGUUCAACAACAUGAGGCAGUGGAACGUCAACUGGGACAUCCGGCAGGUGGCCAUCGAGUUUGAUGAGAACAUCAACAUCGCCUUCAGCUGCCUGACGGCGGACUGCAAGAUCGUCCACGAGUACAUCGGAGGCUACAUCUUCCUGUCCACCCGCGGUAAAGACCAGAGUGAGACCCUGAACGAGGAACUCUUCCACAAACUCACCGGGGGGCACGAGGCCCUCUGACGUGCUCCCGCUCGAAGAACACAGUCGGCUGGUCACACCGAGUAUUGAGCAGAAC